CCGUUCUUUUUCCUAAAAAAUAAUUCAUUAUCAUUACUCAUUAUUGAUUUACAAAAAUGCAACUUGUUACCGACAGUCGAAUGUGAGACGAAUAAUCAACUGUGAUUGGUCAAUUUCUUACUCUUACUUUUUACUCCGUGUAUUGGACAACUGUAUCACUGUGUGUCUGUUCAUACUGUUCGUAGAAACAACUUGAAGGUUUCUAUCGUACCGUAUUCUCCCUUCCGUAGCGAUCGGAAGGAUUCAGGUUUCAGUGUUGAAGAGUGAUAAUGCCCACCGUAGUGAACUCCUCACUCACCUACGAAAUUCUCAUGUAUCUGAACUCGUUUUACUUCGGCAUGUUCGCCGUAUGUGAGCUGGGCAUGGGGCUAUUCAAGGCUGCGAAUUUGCCAUCACCGGGCGCAAGCAAGACUCUGACAGAGUUCGCGCUUCUGUUUUUCUUGAUAGUGACGGAGAGCGGCAGGAUUUAUCUGGGGAGAAAGGGAAAUCUAACUGAGCGUGGACUACCAAUUCUCAUCGGGAUCGUCCUGACCAUUCCCAGCUCGCUAGCGACGCUCUACUUCCUGCUCUGGCAGUACUACGUACUCAGGUUGGAGGUGAUUCUCUGCAGUAUACAGCUGGUUCUGCUAGCGUCCGAAGUGGUCAUUGCGAUCAUGUGCCUUAUAGCUAUCCACCGACCGCCAGCUCCAGUGAAAUGACUAAAUAUUAUCCUUUCUGAUAUUCUAGUCGCACGAUGACUAUAUUUUACACUUGUCACGCUUAAUAAUCCAUUCAGAGUAUCGUCGAUUCAUCAAAGUCGAAAUCAAAGUUUUUGACAACAUUGUUUUUGAUACACAAUAAGACUUUUCUUGCUGUGAUUAUAUCUAUAUCUCCACGUGUAAAAAAUAAUCCUGCACAGAAGAGAAUCAGAUUAUUUUCCCUAAACCCUAAUAUAAAUCCAUUCUGUACAAUAGCUUUAUCACAAAUUUUAAGUGAAAAAUAAAGACUAGUUGUCAAAAAGA